AUGGUUUUCUACGCUCUACUAGCCAUAUCAUUAGCCACUUUCAGCACUGUUAUUGGUGAAAAUGUGUUUUGCACAUAUUACCGUGAUGCGAACGAGAUUACCUGCGGGCAUAUAACCUGUAAAACACAUGAAAUUGAAAAUGCCACCGAAUAUGCGAGUGACGGCAUUGAUAUGAAGCUCCCCCUCGGAUGGUAUCGUAUUGGGGUCCAGCAAACGCGUCGUGACGGUUCCUGGUUUAAUCUGUAUAAAAGACGCCAAUCCGGCACCGGCUAUUGGGAUUUCUACACAAAUAUUCCGGAACGCAACUGUGCGGGCGGUUUCGGCAUUCAUUCAGCGGAGAAGUUAUUGCCGGGGUCAGUUUCGAUCAAGGAAAAGUGGUGCUUCCAACGCUUGGCAGACCAAAUUGAACGAAGGAGCACAAUUGAAAAAAUCGACGUCUAUCAGUGCCGGCAGUGCGUUUUCCAUACAUGUUGGUUAGGUUGGCGCGUACUGCCCGCUUCCAGGGAAUAUUUAACCAAUCUACGCUCCGUUGCA